AUGACGGGCUCUCGACUCAGCCCAGGAACAGCAGACGACGGGCUCUCGACUCAGCCCAGGAACAGCAGACGACGGGCUCUCGACUCAGCCCAGGAACAUCAGACGACGGGCUCUCGACUCAGCCCAGGAACAGCAGACGACGGGCUCUCGACUCAACCAAGGAACAGCAGACGACAGGCUCUCGAUUCGACCCAGGAACAGCAGACGACAGGCUUGCGACUCAGCCCAGGAACAGCAGACGACGGGCUCUCGACUCAACCAAGGAACAGCAGACAACGGGCUCUCGACUCAACCCAGGAACAGCAGACGACAGGCUCUCGACUCAGCCCAGGAACAGCAGACGACGGGCUCUCGACUCAACCAAGGAACAGCAGACAACGGGCUCUCGACUCAACCAAGGAACAGCAGACGAUGGGCUCUCGACUCAGCCCAGGAACAGCAGACGAUGGGCUUGCGACUCAGCCAAGGAACAGCAGACGACGGGCUCUCGACUCAGCCCAGGAACAGCAGACGAUGGGCUUGCGACUCAGCCAAGGAACAGCAGACGACGGGCUCUCGACUCAACCAAGGAACAGCAGACGAUGGGCUCUCGACUCAGCCCAGGAACAGCAGACGACAGGCUCUCGACUCAACCCAGGAACAGAACAGCAGACGAUGGGCUCUCGACUCAGCCCAGGAACAGCAGACGACGGGCUCUCGACUCGACCCAGGAACAGCAGACGACGGGCUCUCGACUCAACCAAGGAACAGCAGACGAUGGGCUCUCGACUCAACCCAGGAACAGCAGACGACGGGCUCUCAACUCAACCCAGGAACAGCAGACAACGGGCUCUCGACUCAACCAAGGAACAGCAGACGACGGGCUCUCGACUCAACCCAGGAACAGCAGACGAUGGGCUCUCGACUCAACCAAGGAACAGCAGACGACGGGCUCUCGACUCAACCCAGGAACAGCAGACGAUGGGCUCUCGACUCAGCCCAGGAACAGCAGACGACGGGCUCUUGACUCAACCCAGGAACAGCAGACGACAGGCUCUUGACUUGACCCAGGAACACCAGACAACGGGCUCUCGACUCAGCCCAGGAAUAGCAGACGACAGGCUCUUGACUUGA